UUGUUGGAGUGUGGGCCAAUGAUGGGGAACCCGCCCUCCUACUGUGGCGGGAGGGGGAUGCCGGUGCUGGCAUUUUAGACCCGUUGCCUGGUGACAUGAGAGUGCUCGAGAAACUACAUCCAAAUGAAGUUCGUUCACGCUUGGGGGCAGAUCCGCCCAAUGUUUCCAAUUUCACCUUCCCCUUCAUGGCUGGUUGCAAACAUCCAGUCGUUCGCUUGUUUGAUAAUUCCAUCACUGCCUGCCAAGCCUUCGGGUUUGGCUUUGGUGAUGUAGUGCAAGACAAGGAAGGGGCGGAGUACACGGUUAUUGGUGUGGGCCCGCCCAGGCCCCACAAGCGGUCCAAAGCAAACCGCUGCUUGUGGGCCUUGCGUGAGGGCCGGGAUGGAGCAGAGAGGCUCCAGGUCAAUGGCCAUCUUACCUUGGUGUCGAGCAACUCGCAGCAGCCCAAAGAGUAUGGUCCUCUGGGAGCUUUGCAUUGCAAUUUUGUGUACAGUAUCCAUUGCGCUCUCGCACCAAAAAGCUUGCAGCUGAAUUUGACGUGCGAAGUGACAUUUGUUGCCGGCUCGCUGGCAUGUCACGGUGUGCAGGGCUUCAGCAUGGAACACAAGUUGAAGACCCUCUUGGAAGACGCUUCACUCUCAUCGGCGCAAGGUACCAUCACGGGUGUCCGCGACUUUGGUUUGAAAGAGAAGGGAAGGAAGGUGCUACGCUCUUCGCAAAGUAUGGAGAGUCCCAUGUGAGGAUCUUGGAUGUGUCCCCUCGAAGUCCUCUAGCAUCAGGCAGGGGAGACUUGGGGGAAUGUGCCGUCAUGCCCGAGACCAAAACUUUGGAUUGGGAUGAGGCGCCAAGCGACGAUGAGGAGUCAGUGGACGAGUUGAGAAAGCUACUGCGCAGAGACACCAGCAAGUCUGAGUUGAUCAAACGCCUCAUAGAUGCUGGAGAACGUCAUGCGCGCCAGGAGAAGGGUCCCCAACUUCAAAAACUCCUGCUCACCAACACAUUGAACCAAGAGCGAAGCUUGAAGCGUGUCAGGGAGCAUGAGGGCAUUAAAGAAGGAAUGCGGGUGCGGUCGGUGUCAGGCAGCGUUGGAGUGGUCACCAACAUCGACAGAGAUGGCACUUUUCGCAUUGACUCCCUCAAGGAGACAGGACAAGGUAUCGAUACAUGGCAUGCUGCACGCAGGGAGAUAGAACGAGAUGAGAGGGCAGACUCAGUCAGGCCUGGCGCACUUGUUCAACUUCGUGAGGAUGUGGCAACUCCUCGCUUUGGUUUGGGCUUUUUGAGCAGGUCUGAGAUUGGAAUCGUCGUGGAUGUGAAAGAAGGAGUGGUGUAUGUAAACUUUGGGCACAGGCAGCGGUGGCACGGCGCCCUUGAUGAGUUUGACAUGCGGAAACCAUUUGAUUGCCUACAAGUCGGGUCUCAUGUUCAACUUGAAAAGCCAGACAUCAAGCCGCGAUAUGGUUGGGGCCAGCUCAAAACUUCAAGUGCCAUCGGCGUCGUUUCGCGCAUCGAUGGUGAUGACGUCUUUGUGAAUUUCCCUGAAGCUGAUGACUGGAGGUGCAGGAGUGAUGAGAUUCAUGUCAAUGCUGCCGCAAAUAUGAUUCGGCCGGGAGAACUUGUUCGGGUGCAUCCCCGCGUGACCCACCCCAAACUUGAAUGGGGCACGGCGCAACACAGUUCUUCUGGACUUGUCCAAUUUAUAUCUCACGAUGGUGUGGUCUCAGUGGACUUUGAUGGUUGCUUAUGGCACGGUCUGCUCUCUGAACUUGAAAUUGUGGAAGGCGCAGCUGCACCAUUGCUUCGAAAGCGAAUUGCCAUUGUGGUUGGCAACAGGCGACAUGACGAUCCAAUCUAUCCUGAACUCAAGGGUGCCACCAAUGACUCGCAAAAGAUGCACGACAAACUUCGUGCGAUGGGAUUUGACUUUGUUUUGCUUGUGCAGGACAUUUUGCACAAAGACAUCCACACCUAUUUGUGCCAAGUGCAGAAUCAUGUCAGCCAUGGAAGCAUAGUUGUCUUUUACUUUGCCGGCCAUGGCGAGCAGGAUCAUAGGACCCUCCUUCCAAUGAGAGAUUCUAAGUACAAGGAUGACAGUACCAAGGUCGACGUUGAUGAUAUUUUCCACACCAUUGCUCACUGGCCUGUCAGGGACUUGUUUGUUUGCUUCGUGCUAGACUGCUGCAGGCUGAAACCUGAAGAAAGUUCUGCCUCGCAGACAAGAAUCUCAGCAGUGACAACACCCUCACAUGCUCAGCUUGCCGCGAAUCAGUACUACUGGGUACACUCUUGUCAAAAGUUUCGGGUUGCUUCCGAGUCCAAUCAUGGGGACUUUACUUCAUUGUUGCUGCAGUUUCUGGACCAACAUUAUUGUGUUCAAGAACUUUUUGAGAAAGUCACGGCACAGCUCGGUCCAUGGCAGCGCCCUUCAAUCUUGCAAGAAGGACAUGAAGCUUCACAGAUUGUUUUGGCGAGUGCAAACAAUACCUACACCCCGGCGGCUGGCGGGUGUCAACAAUGUCAAGAUUCAUCUCGCUCGGAUUCCACAAAUACUUCUCAAGCUUCAGACUUGGAGGCAGUGGAGCGCUUGAAAGCUUCGAUUUGCCAAGGAGAGCCAGGUGCUAUAGUUGACAGCCUUUGUGAGACGAAAGGCGUGUUGUCUCCAGACUUGCACGCGGCAGUCGAAGAGGCUGCUAUGGAGUUUUUGGAUGUGAAGAAUUUGGGCGGAGUUUUGGAUGCAGAUAACUACACUGGACAGCUUGCAGAGGAGGAUGUGCGGACUUUCAAGCUUAUUUUUGAGGGCGUUCUCUGCGAGCAAAGCGAGACAUCUCGGGGCUCUCGGUCAGCGCAAGGUUCGUGCGUAGGAUGGAUGUCCAAGCUGAAAUGUGCAAUACAGGCUGAUAUGAAGGCAGCAGAUGCCGAUUGGUCGGCCACCAUGCCCCUGGUUUGCUGUAUCCAGAGAGUCAGCCCCAAACUUGCAGGUGCAAUCAAGAUGGCGUUGGCCUCCUUGUCUAAAGCUGUCAAGCCGGAAGCCGAGGUUGUGCGUGCUGACCCACUCGAGCUGCACAGCGCGCCUCAAGCCUGGGUCGGUCAAGACUUGUUGGACUCUUUGUUUGAUGAGGAAUUUAGUGCAAGAGUGGCUUUCAUCAUGAAGCUUAUGCAAGAAGGGCAUCUGAACGCAGAGUCGCAGGCUGCGGAGGUCAAUGCGAUUCUCACCGACAGAGUGCUCGGCCUUGGCGAUGGAUUCAAAGCUGUGAUGUCAGAGCUGUUGCGCAAUCCACAGACCUUUCCACAGAUGAGGGAUUGGAAAUUGUGCAAGAAGGAGACCGAGGUGGUGGAGCGAGUCUUGCGACUCCACUCUUGCCCAAAGUCCAAACUCUUGGAAAGCAUUCCUCCUCAGCAAUGCGCCAUGAACAUGCUAGACGUUAUUCAGCCAAUGGUUGCCAUUUGCUUACAUGACGGCCACCAGCAAGGCUGGCUCGAAAAGCCGCUUGCUUUGUUGGAGACUUGUGGGUGGAAGAUACGUCUACCAUUGGAGCUCCUCAGCUUGGGGUGCAAGGAUGAGGAAGUCCUCGUGGAAGGCUUGGACCAGAAUGAGGCACAACUCAUUCACUUCAUCUUCCAGGAGCACCUAGGCCAACGCUGAGUCAGCGAUAAUUAGAGACCAUUUUGGUCCCUGCAAUUGUGGGCAAGUUUGAACCGACG